CGGCUGGGCACGGCGGGGCCGGCGCCACCAUGUACCGCUCCACCAAGGGCGCCUCCAAGGCGCGGCGGGACCAGAUCAACGCCGAGAUCCGCGCCCUCAAGGACCUGCUGCCCGUGGCCGAGGCUGACAAGCUGCGCCUCUCCUACCUGCACGUCAUGUCCCUCGCCUGCAUCUACACCCGCAAGGGUGUCUUCUUCGCCCAAGGUGCUCCCCCCGGUGCGCCCGAGGCCCUGCUGUCAGCACCGGAGCUGGAGGAGCUGGUGCGGGCACUGCCCGGAUUCCUGCUGGCAUUCACGGCUGAGGGCAAACUGCUCUACAUCUCCGAGAACGUGGCCGAGCACCUGGGGCACUCCAUGGUGGACCUGGUUGCCCAGGGCGACAGCAUCUAUGACAUCCUGGACCCAGCCGACCACUUCGUGAUGAGGAACCAGCUGGCAUUGCCAUCACCCCCUGACACAGAGCGCCUGUUCCGGUGCCGGUUCACCACAGCAAAGGCAGCACGGCGCCAGGGCGCAGGCAACAAGCUGGUGCUUCUGCGCGGCCGCUUCCACCCACCCCUGCCGGGGCCUUACUGGGCCUCCAACCCUGUGAUCACAGCCUUCGCUGCCCCCCUGGAGCCUGCACCACGCCCUGGUCCCAGCCCUGGCCCUGCUGGCCUGCUUCCAGCUGCCUUCGAGACCCGCCAUGCCAAGAACAUGGCUCUGCUGGAUGCCUCUGACAGUGUGCUGUUCCAUCUGGGCUUUGAGCGGGCUGAGCUCGUGGGGCGCUCAUGGUACGGGCUGCUGCACCCUGAGGACCUUGGCCACGCAGCCACCCAGCACUGCCGCCUGCUGGGCGAUGCUGGAGACGGUCCCGUAGAGCUGGUACUGAGGCUGCAGAGCCGAGAUGCGCUGCGCUGGGUCUGGGUCUACAUCCUGGCCCGGCCGGAUGGCCCCGACCGCCACGUCUCCUGCCACAACUAUGUCAUCAGCGAGCCAGAGGCCUGGUGUCUGCGCCAGCAGCUGGCUCUGGAAGACCCUCAUGGGGGCUUGGACUUUGCUUACCUCUUCUACGAUCCUCCACCACCGCCACCCCCUCCUGCGCCCCCCAAGGAGCUGGCCUGCACCCCACCCUACACCCCCCACCCCCACCCUGGUGGCGCCUUCCUGUUUGGGACCCAAGAGUCUGUGCCGGGGACCACACCGGAGCCAGUGCCAGAGGGCUGCGGCCUACCCUACGAGAAGCUGCCGCCCACCCCCGACAGCCCGGGCAGCGGAGACUGCACAGUGAUGACACUGCCCCGCAUCACUGGACCCCUCUACGUGGACGUCCCUGCUGGGCUGCUCACACCCGAGGCCUCGCCGGGCAAGCGGGGGCCCUGCCUCUGGCCCCUAGCCCUGGACAAAGCUUGGCCUGGGCUGGAUUUGCUACCAGACCCUGAGGAUGCCGCGCUGCUGGAAGACACAGCCAGUGUGGAGGAGCUCCUGGACGCGCUGCUGGUGGAAGCUGGAGCUUGGGGGGGGGUCUCCCCCGGCCUGCUGCCCCUUCCUGCCGCUGCCUCGCCGCCUGCACCCCCUGGCCCUGGGGGCCUGUCCCCUGCCGAGCGGCACCUCCUGGACGACCUGGCAUCCUACGAAACCGCCUUCGAGGCAGGUGCCUCGAGCCGCCCCCGUGAUGGGGCGGGUGAGUUGCAUCAACUCCAUGGACGCCCGAGUGACACCUUCCACCCAGAUGGAAGCGAGAGUGACCCCACGUUCUGAAAUAAGUCUGUGACUUAACUUCACCCAGUAUGGCAUAUUGUCAUAUUUCGAGGAACCCCCUCUCCUCCCCCGCCUGCCAGCCGGCACGGAGACAGCACCCGGACGCCUGGGUUCUCCGACUCCCCCACACCCCGCACUGGACGGCGCGUGGCCCGGCCAAGACAACAUGAUGGACCAGCCCAAGGAGCCGCCCGGGCUCUGGGAAGUGCUAAUGUACGUGGAUAUCUACAUGGACCUGUAUCACUCGUAACGAGUUGCUGUAAUUAAAUACCCCCAUCCCCUCCCCGGGGGUCCGGCCUGGCGUCGGAGGCCCCUUCCCACCCCGGCCCCCCGAAUACGGCACGAGUAGGUGGUAUCUAACCUACGGCAGUAAGCGCCCAUGGCUGUUUGGGUUAUUCUCGGCGGCGCUGGCUCUGGGUUUUUGGCAGAGCCGCGCCAGCCCCAGAGGCCCCCCCCCCAUUCCUCCCACCCCCCGCGCCCCCCUUUGGGGGCCCAGACAAUGCUCCCACUGGACUGUCAAGGCAGGAGGCCCCAUUGCCAUGAUGGCCAAGUAGACUUGGAGUAGGCCAAAGCCUGGGGCCUAGCACACAGGAUGACACCUAUGGUGGAAUUUGGCCAACGGCUGGGGCAGGAAGCUGAAGAGUGGGUGCCCCCCAAAUUGGGCAGGGCACCCCCCCUCCCCCCACUAACCCCAGUUGCCAAAAGACUGGGACUAGGCUGAAGCCUGAGGCCUGCUGUGGUAGGCAGACUAGGUUGAAACCUGAAGUAGAUUUUGGUCAUGGGGCUGGGGAUAGGAGGCUGAGGAGGGGACACCCCCCAAAUUGGGGAGAGUGCCCCCCCUUUCCCCUCCUGCACCCCCCAGCCCGACCAGGCCUCAACUUCACCAUGGCUGCACCCCUCCGGCCUUGACAAUCCCAUGAACCAGGAGAGAGAGCGAGAGACCUCUGCACACACACACACACGCACGCGCAUGCGUGUUGCCACAUGCUGGGAGCCCCGAGUCUCACGGGACCCCCCAAAGUUGCUCUAAAUGAUCCCUCCCAUAAUGGCUUCGUUAGCAAGACGUGGUUUGGAUGGCUGAGCUGCUCUGCUAACGAGCCACCUCCUGUGAGGGGGGGGUCAUUAGGGUAUUGGGGGGCCCUGCCUUGAAAACUGAGGUGCUGCCUUAUGCGGUUGAAUGAGGGGGAGCAAUAUUGCUUUUGGGGUCUGCUGAGCCUGGACUGGAUAUUGGGGUCCCCUCUGUGGAUGAAGGCUUGAAGCCUGGGGGGGUAACCUCAGCUGUAAAUCGGGGUUCCCACUGUGGCCCAGAUAUUGGGGUCCACUCUAUUGGCUUGGGCUAAAAUAGAGGGUCACUCUAUGGCCACAGGGCUGUAUAUUGGGGUCCCCCUUAUAGUAUAUCUGGGGGUCCCCCUUUUGCAACCAGGCUAAUAGAGUCCCCUCUCCUGUAUCCAGCCACAUUCUCCCUCUGUCUCUCUGUCUCUCUCUCUCUCCCGGCUCCCAAAAUCCCCCUCUGUGACUAUCAACACCCCCUGAAACUGCCCCCCUGCACCCCAGAAAGAGCUUAGAAGGCCCCCCAAUACCCCCGCUGCCUCCUAGCGCCCCCUGCUGGCGGGGCCGGAGCCCCCCAAUUCUCCACCUGUUCAUAGCUAUAAAUAGACCUGUAUAGUCCUUUUUUCUUUAAGGGAACAUGAUUUCUGGCCCCCUCCCACCCAGCCCCCCGCCCCACUCCCCAACAGUGACGUCCCCCCAGACGUCGGUUGUCUACUCGUAGAGUUCUCUACGACCAAGUAUCAGGAUUCAGUCCUCGCCCCGGCCCCCUCUCGCGCGGAGGCCGGAUUGUACAUAUGUAACGCGUCGCAAGGGAUCAUGGGUAACGAGUUUCCUUUUUUUAAGGGGAAAAAAAAUAGACCAAAAAAGGCAAUGAACAAAAUCAAAUACAACGCACGGAUUCCCGCCUCCCCCCGCUGGCAGUGCAUGGCCACGCGUGUAGGGCUGGGGGAGGGCCCGUGGCGUGUUCGUGUGCGUGUGCUGCCUGUGACACGGCCCU